AUGGCCCCCAACGGCGAAGCGUACAUUGUCAACCCCAGCGGCCCCGAGCCGGCCAGCAUCUUUGCCAACGCCCGCCUCUCGCCCACCGGCACCCACCGCACCAUCUACAUUGCCGGCACGGCCUGCGUCAAGCCGGAUGGCACGUGGCCCGGCGUGACCGAAAAUGCGGACGGCUCAUUGACGCUGGACGUGCGCAAGCAGACCGCCGCUGUGCUCGAGAACAUCGAUGCCGUCGUCAAGGCUGCCACCGGCGGCAAGGGUGGCGUCCAGAACCUCAUCGACACCGUCGUCUACGUCGUCAACAUGAAGCGCGACUACGCCGGCAUGAACGAGGAGUGGAACAAGGUCUUCCCCACCCGCUCUGUCGCCCCGGCUCGCGCCACCAUCGGCAUCAACGAGCUGCCGGACCCGCGCAUGGUCGUCGAGGUCAAGGCCGUCGCCGUCGUCGAGAUGUAA